AUGCGGCGUGUCUUUGUGUGUCCUGGUUCUCUCCUGAGCGUUCAACCGGCUACUUCCUUAUUGGAGGCGGAGCAUCAAUCUGGGGCGUGGUGUAAGGACCCGUUGCAGGCUGCUGAUAGGCUGUAUGUCAUGCCCUGGACACCCUAUAGGACGGAAGUUCUGUAUGAGUAUGCUUCAUGGGACGACUACAGGCAGAACAGAGUCACCACCACUUACAAGCUGCCGAACCGCGUCGACGGUACAGGCUUCGUGGUCUAUGAUGGAGCCGUGUUCUACAACAAGGAACGCACGCGCAACCUGGUCAAGUACGACCUCCGCACGCGCAUUAAGAGUGGCGAGGCGGUGGUGUUGAACGCUAACUAUCACGACACUUCUCCGUAUCGGUGGGGCGGGAAGAGCGAUAUCGACCUCGCUGUGGAUGAGAACGGACUGUGGGUCAUCUACUCAACUGAAGCCAACAAUGGACGUAUAGUUGUCAGUCAGGUGAGAGAGAAGGAUGGAUCGGAGGGAGGAAUGGAUUUUACCUAA